GCUACACAGUUGUUCUGUCAUCCAUUUUGUUUCUGUGACAACACGUUUCACGUGUGCGAUGUUAAUAAAAAUUUAAUAACAUGGCUAUGUUAGCGGGUCCCCGGCGUAAACAAAAAGUGAUUAAUCUUCGAGCUAAAAAUAAUGCUUGGAGCAAUGAUUCGACGAAAUUCGGCCAGCGAAUGUUGGAAAAAAUGGGAUGGAGUGAAGGCAAAGGGUUAGGUGCUAAAGAAAAUGGAAUUGUGGAACAUGUUGUGGCUCGGUACAAGAAUGAUGAACGAGGACUGGGCUUUGACGACAAGAACGACCAGUGGACAAAGCACGAAGACGACUUCAAUUCGUUAUUAGCUAAUUUAUCCAAUGGCGAUAACAACGACGACAAAUUACACAGUGGUGUUUCUCUAGAAGUUAAAUCCAAGAAAAGCAAAGCAAGAGUGCAUUAUCAUAAGUUUACCCGCGGGAAAGACCUGACUCGCUACAGUGAAAAGGACUUGGCUAACAUUUUUGGUAAAAAGACCUUGAAAAAGGAAGAAAAUCCAAAAACUGAAGAGGAGGUACAAGAUAAUUCAGAAACUACUGAAAUAAAAACUACUGAGAAAGUUUUUACAGAAAAGGGCAGUAUGGAGGAUUAUUUCAAAAGCAAAAUGGCUGCUAUAAAAUCAAAAGGCGUUCUAAACCUAUCCAGUAAUAACACAGACUAUGAAGAUAGAGCUGAUUAUUCAUUCAAAGGUUUUGCAGGAGCUACUAAUGAUGAGAACAAAGAAGAAGAAAGCCAACAAGAUUACAAUUUUCAGUCAUUCUCUUUCUACAAUUCUGAUAAAAAUGAAACAGUUGAUGAUGAAAAUAAUGUCCCAGAAUCCCAAGAGGUUGCUGACACUAAAAAGAAAAGUAAGAAAAAGAAGAAAAAACAUCAAGAAGAAGAAAGUAUUCAAGAAACUGUAGAAAAUUUAGAAAAUGAUAUAAAUGCUGAAAUCGUAGAAGAUGAAUUAGAUAAACCUAAAAAAUCAAAAAAGAAAAAGCAGAAAAGUGGUUUUGAGGAAUCCAUUCAGGAGGACCUUGUGGAAAGUAAAAAAUCUAAAAAGAAAAAAGAUGUGGAAAAAGUGGAAGAGUGUGUUGAAGAAGAUUAUGUGCCUAAAAAGAAGAAAAAGAGGAAAAAUAAAGAUAUUGAUGAAUAAGA